UUAUUAUGUUCUGUUCUUACUUCCGGUGGUGAGAAAUUGUGAAUUGAGAAUCAUAUUCGCCUACCGCACUGUGUCUGGUUGGUGGCUGCUUACUGUGCUCUCUAGAGUUAUGAAACAGACUACCCAUGAACUUUACCCUUAAGAGUCCACAACUUUGCGAAAAACCAAAUAUAGGCAAUCAAAGGUGGUGGAUGUGUGAUGAUUUUUUAUGGCUUAAUUGUUUGUGAAUUAGAUAUCUGAUCUUUGUAUGAUUAGAGGGGAUGUUUGCUUAAUAGAAUAAUCCAUUUUAAUUCAUGUUUAUUUUUAACAUGAACUUUAGUAACUCAAAACCUUUGAGACACAUAUCACCUACUGCAUUGUAUCAUUUUGCCUGGGUGCUUGCUGUGUUGUCAAACUUCUUUGCUGCUGAUGCAUUUACACUAACAGGGGAGUUAAGAACCCAUGAAUGUUUCCGUUUGACACAAACAAGAGGACUUACUUCUAAAUCGUGCACUAAAGAUGAUUGGAGGAAACAUCUUUGUUGCAGUUGAUACACUGGAGACCAUAACAAAAGCAACGUAUAACAUCAAAACCAACCAUCUGAACUAUUAGCAUUGUUGCUUUGCUCUUUUUUCGUGGUUGAGUCUCCUUCAAAAAAUUUAGUUUGAUUUUAGAAAAUUUUGCUUCUGCAAUCCUGUCUUGCCACCAACGCGUUCAGUAGAUGGAGAUGGCAGAGGCGAAGGCUAUUUUGUGUUGUUGUUGCUGGUUUAGGGAUCGGUUUGUGAAGAAGAGGGAGAAGAGAGGGGGAAAGGGAAAUGCAUGAGAGGGGGAUAACUCUUUUCUCCGACAAAAAUGGAGUGAAGAAAGGAAUUAUGAUCAGUAAGGAUAUGGUUAUCUUACAUAACUGUGUCUAUUCUGUUUGAAUUGAGCUUGGGAGGUAGUGAUAAGGACGAGCUGCAACCAAUUCAUAGUGAUAAGAGUGCUAUGAACUGUGAUCAUGUCUUAUUUCAAGUUAGAAGGUAGUUUCAGUAUAAGGAUUAUUUAAUUUGACAAGUUGUUUCGUCCAUGAUUCUUGGUAGUUUCAGUGCCAUUCUAGCCAUUGUUUAGUCAGUAAUUUUUGAGAAUUGAUGUGCGAGUAAUGACUUUCACUUAGCUUCAACUAUUAUGUGUGUAUUUAUUGGCAUGUGAUAGAAUUCUCUUUUCCUUUUCUUUGAAUUCAGUUUCAUACUCUAAUUGUAUCAUUUGUACAUAGGCAAAUCAUGCUCGAGAUGACAACUCACUGAUAUGGCUGGUGCAAGGAAUGAAUCCAUCAUUAAAAUUCAGACCGACAACGGGGAGGGAUGCCCAGGACUAAUUCAAUGAUGAUUGAUGAUGGUAUGAUAAAAACUGCAGUCUGCAUCAGCACCAAUUUCUAGGCCUAAGUAAAGUUAUUCAACCCAGAACUCUGCUUAGCGCUAAAAAUUGCCCUCACCCAACCUUUAUCCUGUUUGACCCACUUCUGAAGAGUCAAGAUAUAUUACUAAUUCUCUCCAUUCGUAUUUUCUUAUUGGCUCUUUCUGACCCUUUAGGUUGGGGCGGGUCGGGAAGAAUCGAAUUAGUGGGCCGGUCCUAAUCAAGUGGAAUCCCAAUCCCUUCACUCUCACUUGCUUUCUCUCCCAUUCCACAAGUGGGUAACAUACAGUAAUCCGGCCAACGGGCCGGGUAAUAAGCUAGUUAUUAUAAGAGAAGGAAAAAGCAGAAGCGGACGAAGUCUCGGGUGGGAAUUAUUUGGAGACGAGUCGCGCGGAGGAGAGCGGCAGCGCAGAACGAGAAUUCUUUUUGGGCGGAGCGAGCAGCUUGUUGCGGCGAUCGAGUGCAGAGUAGCGGGAAGCAAUUAUUAGUAUUUGUUUUCUUUUGCUUUGCUUCGUAACAUGAUGAUUAUGAACAUGAUUGUGUGUUUUAUUUUCGUCAUGAACUAAACCCCAAUUUCUGGGGGAAACACCAUAGGAUGCAACUAUUUUUAGACUUGAUGGAUUAAUUCAUAUCUCUUUUCUUCCAAUCUCUAUUGCAUGAAAUUACUUAAUGCUUUUGUGUUGACUGGCCACCAAUACAACGAUUUGUAGUUAAUUAGGUUAUUAGCGACAGUGAAACCCUAAUAACAGAACCUGUUUCAUGUGACAUAGUAACUUAUCGAAGUGACAGUGGAUUAAAUAAGGUGCUAUGCGGUCUUAAAUAGGAUAUCGAUCUUCAGACUAUAUAGUUAAUUCAUUGAGCUACGACAGUAGGAUUUGAAUUAAUUGUUUAGUACGUAGUAAUUCCCGACAGGGAUAGCUAGCACAGUAGUGAUAUACUGGCUGUAGAGAGUUGGAUUAAAUUGAUUGGAAUAUGUGAAUUAAUCUGGAUAGGAUAGGUAGUGAGUCCCGGUGUUUCUCCCAGAGCUUUCUCCCAUUGAAUUUCUCUCGACCAUUUUAAUUUGCUUGUUUUGUUUAAUUGUUUUGCUAUUAGAUAAUAAUUUCAUCAACCAAACCAGUUUCACCUAUAGUUUGCUCCACAGAAUUGAUAAAUCAUAAGGUUGUACCAGUCCCUGAGAGACGAUACCCGGACUUCCGGUUUACUACGAGAUAGGAAAUUCAAGCAUUGCGCUUUUGCCCUAUCAAUCGUCCCCCUAAAGUCUAUAAAUAGAGGACCUCUUCCCCAUUUUAAGAGAGUUGAUUUUGAGAUACAAAUUUCUGAUUUAGAGAGAGGCUGAAGGAAGGAGAAGGAGGAGAAGCUAGAUGAGAGGAGCAAUGUUCUUCAACAUCAAGCCUUCCCCAAAUUCUUCUAUAUAUGUAUCUUCUUCCCUCCUUUUUGGAGUAGUCUCUUAAGGUACUAAGGAAUCUAAACCCCAAACCCUAGUUUUAGGGCUAUUAUGUAAUGAAUGAAUAUAUUAGGGUUUUGAAUGAACGUAUUUGUCUAAUUGAUUUUAAUGCUUCAUCUACUUUGAUUGUGCUUGGGUAAGUCGCCUUAAUCUUCUCUACUAGCCUACUUGAGCUUCUAAGCUUGGUAUGGAGUUUUAGUGUUAGAAGGGUAUGCUCCAUUUGGCAGAUUAGGGUUAGAUGAAUGAAUAGGGUAUUGUGGUGGACGAGGUGAUCGUACCCCUGCCACAAGAACGCCUUUAUAGAUGGAACCCGGGAUGAAAUCUAGGUGUGGAGGGUGGAUAGUACCCAUUGAAAUGAGCUCAGUUCUUAUGGACAUAGAUAGGUGAGCCUAUACCGAGGUGGCAAUGGGGUAGGUAGGGCAUAUUCGGAGGCGUGUGGAUAAUCACAAAAGCCCACGGAAAAGAGCUCACUCACCACAUUCGCUUAACCCAAAAUGUUUAGACAUUUGCAUGAUAGACCUAGGCUAGGGCGAGGGUUAGUUCCCCGAUGUACCUGCUUUUAUCCUUGUUUAUUCUCUCUACUAGUUAUUUCACUUGAAUCCUCCAACACAACCCCUUAAACCGAUCGGCUAGAUAACAACAACGUGGGAAGUAGGCUAGCGUACCGGGCCUUGAGUGAAUACGACUUUAAUUGCCACUAUAUGACAACGCCAUUAUAAGUUAAACUUAACCUAGAAUGGGGUAGUUAUUCAUACGUACAAACUAUUGAUAAUGACCUGCACAGAAUGAAACGAUCAAGCUUUUUGGCACCAUUUCCAGGGAACCUCAGUAACUAGUAGAAAAUCACCGAGUUGUUAGUUUAGCCUUUAUUUACUUUGCUCGUAUUUAUAUCAUUUUAGUAGUUUUAUCGUUUUGUGUUUUGUUAUCCAACUUUGUACGUCAUGGGUUGUAGAGUUUUUGUGUGUUUAUAGACUAUACAUCAUGGAUCGAAACGAGUUGGAAUGCAUUGUGAAAGGGAUUAUUGAUACACUUUGCCAAAAACCUCAAUUCCAGGGAGGGAAUGACGAAAGUGCUCUUGAUCAUAUGUCAUACUUCUUAAGUGUUGCAAAAACUUUAAAGAGAUCAGGGUACACUCAGGAUCAAAUUAAUGGUAUUUUCUAUACUUACAAUCUGUGAGGGGAUCCUAUCGUCAAGUAUAAGGAAAUUCAAGCUACUACCCCGCCAUGGAGUCAAGUCAUGAAACUUUCGUGUAUCGGUAUCUUGCCAGUUUAAUAGGUGGUAUUAAGAAGAAUGAUAUUGUCACCUUCCAACAAAGAGAUCAAGAGAAUUUCCAACAGGCUUGGGAUAGUUUUGGUGUUAUGACACAACUGAAUCCGAAUCAGUGACAUUCAGAAGACCGUCUCAGUGAGAGUUUUUUCAAUGGAAUUGUAGAAAAAUACAAAGCGAUCAUCGAAAGGAGGUAUCCAACUAGAUUUCGAUACAAUGAUCUCGAGCAAGUGAAGGAACUAUGCAGUAAAAUAGAAGAGGAUGAAGCCAGCCUUGCCAAAGAGUCGGUUAUUCAGAGUCAGAUCAACAAAAUUAGCAGAGAUUUGAAGGAAUUUAUGGGAGAGGGCGAUAAGAAGUCGAUUGGGGUAGAACAAGUCUUCGUACACAACAUGAGGUACCUCAUCAGUCUAGUCUCUCUCCCCCACCUCUAGAAAAUCCUCCAGACUGCACCACAGAAGAACCUUGUGGGUCUUGUCGGGAUUUGAGGCAUCGAUUCAAACGUUUGGAAGAAAGAGUAUCGGAUUGGGUUUCAAUUUUUCAUCAACAAAGGAAAUGCAGGGUUGGAACGAAGGGUUUGGGACCUUCGGCUGUUCUGACUGCGAUUUAAGGGCCGCCAUUAAUUAAACUUGUUCAUAUGUUACUGAUACUCUUUGGAGUUGGUGUUUGUUUCUAGGGAACCACUUCUGUUAUUGAAGCUCUGUUUUUGUUUCUCUUCUCAUCCUUUUUCAUUUGGGUUAGUUGUUUGGUGGGGGACUCAAAAGUGGAAUCGCUUCCCCUUCCAUGAAGCGAGAAAGAUAGAAGUGCUUGAUAAAAUUUAUUGUGUUUUAGGGUGAUAAAAUUUAAAUUUUAGAGCGACGAAUAGCGAUUCAAGUGAAAAAGGGUGUUAGUGAAAAUUAUUUUUUAGGAAAAUAUUUAUUUUAAUUUUUAUGGAUAAAAAAAUUUAAAAUCUACACAUCCAAUGAUGUGAAAGCCAUGUUAUAAAAAGUAAAAAAGAUGGUUGAUUGUCGUUUAGUUGUCCAUUAUAUUUAAUGGUCAACAAAAUAUUAGGGAAUAUUAUUGAUAUCACAUUUCAUAAGGUUGAAAUACAAAUGACACAACAAGAACAUAGAGUUUUACAAGUGACACAAACGUUUAAACUAUGAGUACCCUUCUUCUAUUAAGCCUUUUAAUUUCUGUGCAAGCAGAUUAAUGGGCCUUAGGGCAGAGCCCAACAAUACAAGGCCGCAUUAUGCAGAAACUUUGUUUACACUAUAUUUAUAGUACUCUCCCAUCGCAAAAUCUCGGUCCAACGAUCUGCAAAUAAUGGAUCUUCUCCAAGCUUCCUACAAUGAUGGUGAAGGAAUGGAAGAGCGCGCCGACGGCGGCAGUGGCGGCGGGGAGCUCGAAAACCCUAGCUCUUCCCCGGACUCUUCUCCGCCGCGUCUCCUACCUGCGAAAUCCGCCGCUCCGAGGGUCGACGACACCACGCUUGCCCUAACCGUGGCGCAGAACAAUCUAACCAAGUCAAGGCCGAUCGACCCAAACCAACACCUCGUCGCUUUCAACCCUACCUAUGACCAGCUCUGGACUCCCAUCUACGGCCCGGCUCAUCCAUACGCCAAGGACGGGCUCGCGCAAGGGAAUCGGAAUCACAAGCUAGGGUUUGUGGAAGACGCCAACAUCGAUUCUUUUGUAUUCGACGAACAGAUCUACACUUUUCAGAAGUAUGGGUUCGCGGCGGAUCCCUCGGGAACUGAAAUCGUCGGCGAUUUGAAUGCUCUGUCGAAGAAUGGUGGCAAUACGGUGUUUAGUGCCCCGCAGCAGGAGCAGAAGAGGCGCAGGAUCGAGGCGAAGAAAGAGGAUGAAGACGAGGAUCUGGAGAACGUGGAUAAGGAAGAGGUUGAGAAUCCGGCGACGGAUACCUGGUUGUUGAAGAACAAGAAGAGCCCAUGGGCUGGAAAGAAGGAAGGAUUGCAAGGGGAAUUGACGGAGGAGCAGAAGAAGUACGCCGAGGAGCACGCUAAGAAGAAGGAAGAGAAGGGCGCUAGUCAGGAUAAGGGCGAGGCUGUUGUUGAGAAAACAACGUUCCAUGGGAAGGAAGAGAAGGAUUAUCAAGGGAGGUCGUGGAUUGCCCCGCCCAAGGACGCUAAAGCUACGAAUGAUCAUUGUUAUAUACCCAAGCGGCUGGUGCAUACAUGGAGUGGCCACACGAAGGGUGUUUCCGCCAUCAGAUUCUUCCCAAAGUCUGGGCAUUUGAUUCUCUCGGCUGGGAUGGACACGAAGGUGAAGAUCUGGGAUGUGUUCAAUUCUGGUAAGUGUAUGAGAACUUACAUGGGUCAUUCUAAGGCAGUUAGAGAUAUCUGUUUCACGAAUGAUGGGACUAAGUUCUUGUCUGCUGGGUAUGAUAAGAACAUUAAGUAUUGGGAUACUGAGACUGGUCAGGUUAUUUCAACCUUUUCAACCGGGAAGGUCCCUUAUGUCGUUAAGUUGAAUCCUGAUGAAGAUAAGCAGAACAUAUUGUUGGCCGGGAUGAGCGAUAAGAAGAUAGUGCAGUGGGAUAUGAAUAGUGGCCAGAUCACUCAGGAGUAUGAUCAGCAUUUGGGGGCAGUGAACACCAUCACUUUUGUGGAUAACAACAGGAGAUUCGUCACUUCCAGCGACGACAAAUCGCUUCGUGUUUGGGAGUUCGGGAUACCCGUUGUGAUUAAGUAUAUCAGCGAGCCUCACAUGCAUUCCAUGCCUUCGAUAUCUGUUCAUCCCAAUUCGAAUUGGCUAGCAGCACAGAGUUUGGAUAACCAGAUCCUUAUUUACAGCACCAGGGAAAGGUUUCAGUUGAAUAAGAAGAAGAGGUUUGCAGGACACAUUGUAUCUGGAUAUGCCUGCCAGGUCAACUUCUCUCCCGAUGGGCGGUUCGUUAUGUCGGGAGAUGGUGAGGGUAGGUGUUGGUUCUGGGACUGGAAGAGCUGCAAAGUUUUCAGGACCUUGAAAUGUCAUGAACAAGUGUGUAUUGGGGUUGAAUGGCAUCCAUUGGAGCAAAGUAAAGUGGCUACCUGCAGUUGGGAUGGCUUGAUUAAGUAUUGGGACUAGUUCUGACCAUGGCCGUAUUUGCAUAUGGAAAGAGGAGAUCACACUGGAAACAGGACCGCCAUAUGCAUCAAUCACUGCAGGUGCAUUUACAGACUUCCAAUUGUAUGACAUGGGGGAACGUGGAAAGGUGAUGAACUGAGUUGUGGAUGAGAUGGAUCUUUCACCUUCCUGCUAUUUAGUUCCCAACUGAAGUGAUUAGAAACGUCUGUACACCGAUGAAGGUAGAUGUAUAAACAAGUUUCGAAGGUGUUUUUGCCCUGAGGGUUUCUCAACCAGUUCUCCCUUGUAUUGUAUUCUAACUUGUUGUGCUUUUAUCACAUGAUCCUUGGAUUAUGCUCACUGUUUCCUUCCUUGGCCCUUCUAGAUCCGAGAGGUGAUUGCCAUUUUGCUACUUCGUCGAUUUUUUUUUUUGAAUAAUUACUUCGUCCAAUGAGUCUGCCCGGAUACGAUCAUCUCAUAUUAGCAGUAGACUUGUCAAUUGUCAUCGUGAGUUCGACAGAAGUAAGUACGUUUUGAUACAUACAAAUUCUCAAGAGAUGGUUUGGAAUAGGGGUUUUCUUAAGGGAUUUUACCCAAAUCCCUUGUCAUUUCAAAUUCCGAUCAAUUUUAUCUUUUGAGAAGGGAAGAAAAAACGAGUGAUUUGAUAAGGGAUUUUAUCCAACUUCCGUGUCCUUAAACGAGUAAUUAGUAAUUAUGGCGAAAUCUGAUAUGAUGAGUUAUUUGAGAUCUCUCUUGCAAAAAACCGCAAUGUGGUUGUUGUAUUAAAUCAGUAGAGCAUCUAUAGCUCAAAAAAUGAUUGAUGACGGGAAUUUUUAAAGCUAUCGUUUAUAAAAAAAAUUUCUUAAUAAGAUAAAUACCAUUAACACGAUGGGAAAGGUUGAACCACACUGACCUAAGAUUGUGGAGGGUAAUUUUGCUUUGACUUGUUUUAUCUGACAUAUUUUUGGUGGGUAACCAUCCAUAAGUGGGCAAGACAAGUAUGAGUAUUCUAACUAAAAUAUGAUGUAAUAAAAGUAAUUUGAUGUACACCGAUGAAGUUAGACGGUAUGAAACGGUUGAAUCCUGAUUAAACCACGAUUUCAACAUAAAAUAUCCUAUCGUUGAAUUUUUUGAAACGGUAUAAUAUUUCAAUCCUUAAAAAAAGACUUGCUAAAAAAGUUAUAAUUUAAUAUAUAUAUAUUUGAAUGAUGGAUCAGUGGGCUAAUUAAAUCCCCAUAUUGGAAUGGCCGUGUCGUCUCAGUGGGCCAACUUUGGCCAUUUUAAUUGGGCUUAACCGACUUAAAGCUCCCAUAUAAACGCGUUUCUUGGAAGCGUCAUUCGGUGAGAAAAGGAUGCACGUGUCCAGCUGGCAGGUCAGGUCAGCAAAAAGUGUAACUCGUCCACCACGUGGCAAAUAAACGCGUACACGCUUAGCGGCCACGCCAUAACCGACUUCGACCUCCUUUUGCAUCUAUAAUAGCUAACAGGACAUCGCAUUUCCGCUAUUGUUGCCGCUGCCGCCGAUAAACUUCCAUGGGGAUCCCCAAGAACGAGGAUCACCGUAAAUUAGGUAAACAAUCUCGGCUUGGUUCUUCCUUUUAGGGUUUCCAUGAAGCUUGAGAUUGGAGAAGCAUUUCAUCGUCUCUAUUUGUUGUUUAUUCCCGUCGACUUCAAGAAUCUUCGCCUCGUUCAAGUAAAAGGGGGAAAAAUCUCUUCCCUUCUUGUUUUCUGUUCGUCCCGGUUGCCCUAAAUCGUCGCUGUGUAUCCCUCACAGACUAUUGUGACUCGCUAAGUUGUUGCUGGUGUUCCUCGAUGAUUCUGAGAUGAUAAACAACAUAAUUUCUCGGUGAAGUUGUUACUCCGAUGACGAACGACAGAUGAUAAUUUAUGAUGUCGUGGCUUCUCCGGUUGAGGUAUGUUCUUGUAUUUACCACUUUCCAUUGGUUGCUCAUAAGAGGGAGUGAAUUGAAGUGAUUUUCGAGAGCACUCUGACCGUUGAAAAAAUUGCCAGGAUAAGCUAAUUAGUGGAUGAAUAGCAUGAUUAAUGGUUUUCCCUGUUGCUUCAUUUACAGUAAAGCUCUGUUGCUAUA